AUGGGCAAGGGGCGCAUCUUCCAGGCCGCAAAGGUCUACCAGAGGGCUGCCGAUGCUGCGGCCACCAACGUGGUCGCUGGCCUGCCACCACGGAACCCACCACUGUGGCUCAAGGCCCUCGAGUCCAUCCCCCCCGCCGAGAUCAACACCAGGCCGUAUCCCAUCCAGCACUCUGCGCCGAACUCGCGAGUGCGCAAGCCAAAGAACCUGUGGAGGCCCACCAAGAUCGUCUACCCCGAAGAUGAGUUGCGCCGCGACUUCUACCGCGACCACCCUUGGGAGUUGGCCAGGCCUAGGAUGAUUAUCGAGUUGGACGGCAAGGACGCCAGGCAUCUUAACUGGGCCAAGGGCCUCAGGCAACGCGGCAUGCCUUUGUCCGGCGAGAGUGUCGUUCAGCGUCAGCUCUGGCUCAUGGAGAACCAGGGCAUGACGAAGCAGGAAGCCUACGACAAGGCGCGCCACGAGUUCUACAAGUUGAGGCAGCUGGAGCAGAUGGAGCGCAGGAUAGCCGUCGAGGAGGCCCGCAUGGUUGGUGGCUACUUCGGCAAGGACCUUCUGCACGUCGGCAUGGAGCUCGAAGACCAGGCCUACGAGAACUGGAAGAAGUGGGCUACGGCCGAGAUCGCCCGCCAGGAAUCUGCCAGGAGUUCCGCGUACGCCAACGUCGUCGACAACUCUGCGCUCGAGGGAGCCGAGGAGGACGAGCUGAUCGCGCAGUAA